AUGGUGAACACUUAUGACCCGAAUGCUUUGUGGAUUGCGCUUAGCGAGCACAGCGACGGAAACCUAUUUACAGUGUAUCCAAAGCUGUUGGCUGAACUUCUUAUACAGGAAGAUGCUGCGAGACUUGAAGGAGACACAAGUGAAGCUGAGAGACUCGUUUUACCGAGCGACAAAGAAUGGAGGCUCACACAGUAUUUCAAUUUGGUGGCUAUGCAGAAGAUCCUUGAUAUAAAUGACGAUACUAGCCAAAAUAACAAGACGAUGGAAGAGCCAACUGAGGAAUGGGCCCCUUGGAGCCUGGUGGAACCGUGCAAAAACGCAAAAGCACCACCCCCUGUUAGCGUCAAGUCUGCUCCGGGGCCAGUUUGGGAUAUUGAACAGGUUUUGAAAGCUGCUCGUCUGCUGUGCAAGCCUCCAUUGCAUGUAAAUUUUGUGGACGAGCAAGAAAUGAGAUGUGUCUACUCUCUCAUCUAUGACGUAUUCCGAUAUAAAACAAUACUAGACCAAGCAAUUGAAGACAUUGGCUUUUUUGAGGAUUUUCCGCAGUAUGUAGUCCACCGCCAUACUACGUGGUUAUUCCUAAUGGAGUUAGCAAGGCGUCGUUGGAUGGCUAGAGCACGUGGGGAAUUAGAGAGAGCUACGAAACUGCUCAACGAGGCGGGCUGUCCUUUCAAAGAAGUCGAAAAUGCAGUUUGGGAACAGAGGAUACACUUCGCCGCAGCCAUCGCCAGGAUACGCAUAAAAAAUAGGGCUUUCUCAUUGUCGGAUCUCUUACCACCUCAUUUACGAGAAGAGAGAAUUUCUGCAUGCGUCAAUAAAGAUACAGUUACUGGUUGGGUUAAUACUUUUAAAGCCAAAAAAAUAGCUUUGCUCAUACAAAGACUUAAUGAUCUGGGUUACUCGUAUAGUAAUUCACGUCAGCUCUGCGCUGGAGAAUACAGAUUUGAUCGAGUUUGUCCCAGGUUUAUAACUCUGCGACCACCAGACAACGUAAGUUUUGGACAACUAGAUCUUGUAAAGGAAGGAAUUAUUGUUCUACAGGAGCGCGAGUUCUGCGAAGGCGCGUCGACACUGUGUAGAGCGUUGCGCGCGAACGCGCUGCGCGGCGUCGUGGCGCAGACGCACGUGUCGUCGCCGCGCUGCUCCGCGUACCUCGCGGCGCAGCUCCGGGAGCUGGCGGCCGUGCUCAAGUCGGAGACCCCGGCGCUGCCGGUCACUCCCGAACUGGGGAAGCUGGUGGUUUUUGGGGCUGGUGAUAAAGUUGGCAGUUACGUGGGUGCCUUAAGAGAUUUAGGUAUAGAUGCGUCAGAAUUACCCCAAUCGAGUUCUCCAGUUUGUGUAAUAAGUGACCCAGUGCACGGUGAUAACCCUACUGUCGCCAGCGCAUUGGACGGAGUCGUGGCAGUCCUUGCUACUCCGCCUAACUCCUUCUCAGCUGUAACAGACCCCAUUGACUUAGUGUGCGGGCGAGGAGGUGACCUGGCAAUGCUUGAGAUUUUGACCGAAUCUGAAAUAGACUCUAAUGGAAAGGCUCGCGUACAAUCGAUUUUGGAAGAACAAAAGAAAACACUAAAAGUUCUUUUGUCUAAACCUCAGAUUCAAUUAAUCUUGUACGAGACACAUUCAGCUCUUGAAGCGGAGAACCAGGCACAAGUGACCCGAGCGGUAGCGGAGGCCAACAGACUCGCGAGAGAGAGACACGCAUUGCUCAGAAAGAAGAAUAAGGACCAUACACCAAAACAUAAAGAAGCUUCCGAUAAUCUCCAAGAUAAAUCUCCAGGGAUAACUGAUUCAUGCUCCUCCCUGGACCACGGUUCACGGUCCGAUCUCGAUAAAGACGAGGAAGAAACCCGUCCCUCUAAUAAAAGGCCAAUGUCUUCACCACCAACAACAGCACGAACGGCAUCCGACAAUCAUGAAACAGUGUUAAAGAAGCGAGCGGAAAGUGCCGAUGUGGGAUGGCGGCCCGGUAGCAAAUCUCGUCCUAUCCCUGAAAUGCAAAUUGCUGAUGACCCUUUUCCACGGGAUCCGGAUAAGGACAGCCCUGAUGUAUUUGUACCUGAUUGCGAUUUAUUUGAAAUUCAAACGUUACCUAACCUUGGCAAUGGUCUGGAUAUCAAUUACAUUCUAGAAAGAGACGGGUGUUAUUUGGGCCUUAUUCAAAGAAAGGAGGUCACCCGCCUCGACGCUAAGUACAUGAUCACGGUGGCGGAGGAGCGCGGCCUGUUCGGCGGCGCGCCCGCGCAGCGCCGCAAGAGGGCCGAGCCGCCGCCCGCCGCGCCCCGGCCGAGGCGACGGCGCGCGAACACUUUCCAGGUAGAGCGUGUCGCAGCUCCCACUUACGCGUCUAUGUCUCGGUCGUCACGACGCAGUUCUGCGCCCGCCUGCCUGCUAGAGGCAGGCGAAGCGGGUGUGGAUCUUGUGCGAGUUUGUUCGCGACACGCAAGGAGACACGCCGCCGCCGCCGCGUAUACAGCCGCCGCGUGUACUUGCGAUGCCAAUCACAGGUGAGUGUCUUGUAAAUGUUCGAAAGGUUGUCUUUGAAAAGUUGUCAGUCUUAACA